CUGCCGGGCGCACCUGUGUCUGACAGAAGACAAUUACCCUCCAGCUGGUGUCGGCCGCUUCCCCGGCGCGGAAGACCGCACUCCGCGCGGCCCUUUCCGGCGUUGCCCUGAAACAAUGCCGCCGACAACAUUCGCGUCGCCGGUCCGGUUUGUGUUCUGCCUCCGUCUUCGCUUUCCGUCGCAUUGGAUUUAAAGGGGAAGCGGACUCGGAUAUUUGUCGGGAGUUGGGGCUCGAGUUGCGGAUGGUGGCCGCCUCCCUGUAGCCGCGCGGCGCAACGUGGGAUAUCGGAGAGGGGGAAAAAAAAAAUGAUGGUCGGUAACUGGGACCGCGUCCUCCGGUGAAUUUGGGAGACGGGACGCAGAAGAAAGAAAACAUUAAAAAAAAAAAAAAUUAAAUAAAAAUCUCCCGGUGAAGGAGGCCGGCCGGGGACCAAACUGGAGGGCGUCCAGCUGGCAGGCUGAGCAGACAGCAGUGGGCCAAACAAAUCGGAGGACACAGUGAAGGACGCUGGGAUAGCCUGUCCGGACACCCCCCCCCCUCCCUGCUGGAUCAUGGGUAACCAUACUGGCAAAGACAGCCAUGGCCCUACAGGUUCUCCUUUAGAUUUCUUCCACACGCCUCCUACCACGCCCUCAGAGGAAGAGCAGACUGCCAUGGCAUUACCCUCUGCAGCUUCCUCUAACACGGCACAGACGCCAUCACCAGCCGGCAGCACCACCCCCUCCACCACCUCUCCAGUCGCAGAGUGGACAGAGAAGCUGUCUGCUCCCUCAGAGUGGGCCUUAAUAAGCUUAGACGGCAUCGCCGCCUCAGAGACAAACGUGAGCGAGGCAGCAGCGAGACACGAGAGGGCAGCGGCCAGCCCGGGCAGCCCCGCGUCUCUGCCCCCGUCCAGGGCAUCGCCUUCAGAGCAGAGCUGGCAGGAGAGAGAUAGCGGACUGGAGCCGCAGGCUGCGGCAGAGAGAGCCGGAGAGGAGAUGGCCCUGGUUUUGCUCAGUCUGAUGGAGCACUACAGGGCCUCGCUAGCCCUGAACCCCAAAACUGAUGUUACCACGGGAGCAGUAGAGCUGCUGAGGCGCUUGAUAACGGAGAGAGAAGAACUGGUUAAGGAAGUGGACACGCUGAGGGAGACACUGAGGACGGAGAGGUUGGAGUGGCAUCAGUUCCAGUGUGACCUGCAGGUCGCGGUGUCUGUGGCCGACCGGCUGCGGGUCGAGUCGGAGCAGGCUCUGGGUCUACUCCAGGAGAGCCACAUGGCCGUGGAGGAGCAGCUGGCCCAGGCUCUCAGCAGACAGCGGGAGAAGGACAGAGAGCUGGAGAUCCUGCAAGGCGAGCACAGAGACGUCUGCCGCAGGCUAACCGAGCUCACCCUGCGGCAGCAGCAGGAGCGAGCCGAGCCGGGUGCUCUGAGAAACACAUGCAGGUUGAAAGACAUAACAGAUGGUGAUAAACAGGCUCAGAGACAAGACUCUGAGGACGGGCAGGGGGAGGAAAAGCAGAAAGUUGUGGAGGAAGCUGAAGCAGAGACUGAAGCUAAAAAUCUUGAAAAGCAGGAGGAGGAGAAUGAAGCAAAUCCAGAUGUGGAAGCUGAAGGUCUUGAUCCCGAGGAGGGAAAUGGAUCAGGGAGCACGCAGCUGAAAGGGAAGGGGGUAGCAGAGGGAUACCUUCGCAGUUUAGCGGCCCUGGAGAAAAAGAAGGAGGGACGUGGGCAGAGAGAUUCAAGGAGGAUUGUGAUGCUUUCUGAAAGAUCCUGGAGUUUAUCUCGUCUCCCACUCCCAACUGACUCGUCCAGUCAAAAUGGGACCUCAAAAAACACAAGCACAACAUUGCCACUAUGCAAGAAGCAGCAGCCAACAAAGAGGAAAAGGAUGGACCGCAUUUUACAGCAGCAGGACAGUUGGUCCAGCUUUUUUACCGGAAAACAGGAUGAGGACCAAAGCUCAGAUUCCAUCAAACCUCAGGAUGGUUUCAGUGCUCUGCUGCGACGUCAUGGCGGCUCCAGAAGAAACUCCCUGCUGCGCUGGUGCCAAAGUCGUACACAAGGUUAUAAGAAGAUUGAGAUCACCAACUUCAGUAGCAGCUGGGAAGAUGGUUUGGCGUUCUGUGCUGUUUAUCACACAUAUUUACCAGGUCACAUUCCCUAUGAUGGCCUCACCCCAGAGGACAAGAGGGAAAAUCUGGACCUUGCUUUUAAGACAGGAGAGAGUGUGGGCAUCACAGCAACGCUGACAGUGGAAGAGAUGCUGAAGGCAGACGGGCCGGACUGGCAGAGGGUACUGGGUUACGUCGAAAGCAUUUUCCGUCACUUUGAGAUGUGACGCCGUCGCCUCUCGUCUUGCUCCUGGCUCUUUUCUAUCCUUUGUGACUGGAGCUGAAGGACUGGGACGCUGUUCACCACAAGAGGGAGCUGUGUUCGCAAUGAGGUAGACAGCCAGGGUUUAAAGCGUAUCAGCAACACUAGACUUUAUGACAGGAUUUUAUGUAUCAACGCAGUUUCCCUCACACGGAAAUGGCUCUUGGCUGACACCCAGAUGAAGAAACUAAACAGUUUUUCCCCUAGGAAUGCUUUCAUUUCUCUACAUACUGUCAUUGGAUCCGAACAGCUGCUGGGUGAAUAUGCACAGGACACAAAAUUAUUUAAAAUCCUUAAGUACAGCACACUAAUCACCUGCUCAUCAAUUACUCUCACAUUUGUUACUGGUUGCUGGUUUUGCACUGUUUGCAAAAAAAAAAGGGCACUUUAUGAUUAAUGUAAUGUUGUGGUGGUUCUUUGAGUGGAUGAUUUCAGGAUCUGGGGCUCGUAAGUUUUAUUUAUCUUGAGUAAUUAAAAAACUCAUUUUUAGUCAUAAGCCUCUCCUGCCAUGAUACAGAGUUGUCAUGUCUGCAUGCACUCAGAACUAAAAUCCACAAAACAAAGCAGGGGGGCAGACAUGAAUCCAGAUUUUAUAUUCUGUUAUAGUGAUGUUUUAACCUUAAAAACUACAGAGGCUGUCUGUCGGGCGGGAAGUUGCCUUUGAGGAAAUCUAAAUGUGUGUAACCGCUUCGGUAUUUUAAAAAACAUGGUAAAUAUAUUAAGAGAUGUAGUUGACAAAGCCUUAUUGUAUUAAUAAAGUUAUGUAUGAUGUAAGUUUUAUUUAUUUAUUUCCCCCCCCCAUAUUUUCUCCAUUCAUUAAUACCACAGAGAUUCACAGAAAACGCUUUAAUUUUAAUAUAUAACAAAAAUGGCACCGAUACAUUUGACAGAAUAUAAAAAUGGUACAAAAGAAUGAUAUAAAAGAUGGCAUUAAAGGAAAUGUUUAAUGUUCAA